GUUGAGAAGAACAGGCGAGCUCUGUAAUGACAGAUGUGCACACGGGCGGAGUUCAGAGCUGUGAAAACUACACAACUGUUGGUUCAUUGAGCGCGCGACUCUGGAAGUCUGCACGCGCGGGAAGCACUUUCUUCCUCUUUAACGUCGUUUACCAUCUGAUAAAUCAUAACUGGCAUAUAUUAUUAUCUGGAUGGAUAGUGUAAUCAACCCACAGACAUUUUGAAGCGCACAGCUGCUGCCACAUUACUACAAAUAACGACAGAAGACGCUGAAGAAAAGUAAGGCUGCGCAUUGCUUCGAGAGGGUGUAGGAGAGGAGGUACUCCCUUCUCCAUGGCCUAUACUCUGGGCUCGGGGCCCGAUGUGGGUCCUGCAUUAGGGCCCCAGCACUGCGUCACAAAAGUGGAGCUCUCAGUCUGCGGUGCUAACCUGCUGGACCGCGACGUAGCAUCAAAAUCAGACCCAUUCUGUGUUCUUUUCCAUGAUGUGGACGGCAAUUGGGUGGAGCUGGCUCGAACAGAGACGGCUAUUAAUAACCUGAAUCCAGUAUUUGGGGUAAAAUUUCAAGUGGAUUACCACUUUGAGGAGGUCCAGAAGCUGAAAUUUGCCAUGUUUGAUGAGGACAAAUGCAGCUCUCAGCUUUAUGAACACGACUUUCUGGGCGAGUUCACCUGCACAUUGGGAGUGAUCGUGUCAAAUAAGAAGCUGCAUCGACCACUGAUUCUGGCUAAUGGCAAGCCGGCAGGGAAGGGGGCCAUCACAAUAACAGCGCAGGAGUUAUCAGACAACAGAAUAAUCACCCUAACCAUGUGUGGGAGGAAGCUGGAUAAAAAGGACUUUUUUGGUAAAUCAGACCCUUAUUUAGAGUUCCACAAACAAGGGGAUGAUGGGAAAUGGAUGAUGGUUCACAGAACAGAGGUCAUUAAGAACACUCUGGAUCCUGUAUGGAAGCCUUUCACAGUGCCUCUAAUCUCACUUUGUAAUGGAGAUGUGGACAGAAACAUCAAGGUGCUGUGCUACGAUUAUGACAACGACGGAGGCCAUGAUUUCAUCGGCGAGUUUCAGACCUCCGUGACCAAGAUGAGCGAAGCAGAGAACGGAGUGGAGGUUGAGUUUGAAUGCAUUAAUCCCAAGAAGCAGAAAAAAAAGAGUUACAAAAACUCGGGAAUCAUAAUUCUGAAGUCAUGCAAGAUUACAAGAGACUACUCCUUCCUGGACUACAUUCUGGGUGGCUGUCAACUCAUGUUUACUGUUGGCAUCGACUUCACAGCAUCCAAUGGGAGCCCAAGGGAGCCGUCGUCUCUGCAUUAUAUCAACCCAAUGGGCAGCAAUGAAUAUCUGUCGGCCAUCUGGGCUGUAGGCCAGAUCAUCCAAGACUAUGACACGGACAAAAUGUUUCCUGCGCUUGGAUUUGGGGCUCAACUGCCACCCGACUGGAAGGUCUCCCAUGAAUUUGCAAUCAACUUUAACCCCACCAACCCUUUCUGCUCAGGUGUGGAGGGGAUUGUUCAAGCUUAUUCCAACUGCCUGCCUCACAUCCGCUUCUACGGUCCCACCAACUUCUCCCCCAUCAUCAACCAUGUGGCCCGCUUCGCUAACCAGGCUCUCCAGCAAGACACAGCUGCACAAUACUUCACACUGCUAAUCAUUACUGACGGCGUGAUCAGCGACAUGGACGAAACGCGUCACGCCAUAGUGCAAGCUGCCAAGCUGCCCAUGUCCAUCAUUAUCAUCGGAGUGGGCAAUGCUGACUUCACCGCCAUGGAGUUUCUGGAUGGCGACAGCAGCGCUCUGAGAUCCUACACAGGAGAGGAGGCGGUCCGAGAUAUUGUGCAGUUCGUCCCAUUCAGGGACUUUCGCAAUGCUCCGAAGGAAACUUUAGCCAAAUCCGUAUUGGCAGAGCUGCCGCAACAGGUCACACAGUAUUUCAAACAGAGGAACCUGUCGCCUAGCAACACAAUGCCGGAAUAGGGGCUGGAGGACUGGAGUUCGCACUGCAUGUUGCCAAAACCUGCUAACUGUUUACAAACCUCUCUUGACCAAUCCAGUGGACAAAGUGCAUGUUUUUUUUCCUGUACAGAAGUGUUUUUAGUACAUGUUUUUAUUUAUUGCUUUAUAUAUCUAAAUAUUUGACCUAUCGAUUGAAAUGCAACGGCCAUUUGUGUGUCUAUCACAAAGUAUGUACAAGUAUUUGGCUGAAUGUAACUUUAUACUACCGUUUUCUGUGUUUUAAUAGAAGCAAAUGCUAAAGAGUACAUUAUAUGUAGUGAUUUGUAUUUAGUGAUGGUAUGGUGCCAUGGUCAAGGUGGUGUUACUUAUUUUGUACAGCUUUAUUGGUUGUUUAUGUUCCACUCAGGUCAAUAAAUUUCAUUUGAGAAAAUGAU